AUGCCACGUCUAAAGUCGUUUGGUGUUAAGGUUACGUGUCCCAAUAAGGAGUCGACAACAGGAAAUUAUGAGGUGCAAUGGUAUAAGGAUGGUGGUGUGUCGAUUUACAGUGAAGAUGCUGGCGGUGGUUGCUGGUUUACGAUGAUGGUGGGGGUGUUGGUUGAUGACGUGGGUGGCGGAAAAGUGGCCGAUGGUGGUGGUGAUGACCACCAUACCAUUAGUCCACCCGUAGUGAGGCUUCAUAUCACGGGAAAAACACCCAUAGCGCCCCAUAGCGUCGCCGCACACCAUUACGGCCGACGCUAUGAGCUGGUCAAUCUGGUUCCACGCGAAGAGCAUAAUGGGGCGAAGAUUUUAGGGAUGUCUAGUAAAAAUGCAAGGAAGGAUCCCGCUUGGAAGUAUUGUGUAGAAAUUGACGUACCGCCAUUGGAUGUAAAAAAGGGAGGAGUGAAAAGAAUGAAGGAUCAUCUUGCCGGUACACACAAAGAUGCCGCCCCUUGUCUUACGAUGCCCGCUGAAGUGAAAGACGAAAUUAAGCAAUACUUGAAGGCUUUUCAGGAUUCUAAGUUUGCUGCCCAACGCAACUUUGAAGAAAACAUCGAAAGUGGGGCAUAUUACACCGGUAGUAGCGCUAGUGUUAGCAAUCGUGGCGUUAGAGGACCAAUGGAUCGGCAUGUGCAUGUGGUGAGUGAAGGAGGAUCACAACCAACCGAAAAAAUGCCACCGGUGAGUGCUAAAGAGCACCGGAAUCAAGUUUGUUUGGAUAUCGGGAGAUUCUUUUACGAGAAUGGAAUCCCAUUUAACGCAGAAACUAGUCCUUCAUUUACUAGUAUGCAACGUUCGGUUGGUAACUUUGGACGAGCAUUGAAGCCUCCUACGAUGCACGAGUUAAGGACUUGGAUCCUUAAAGAAGAAGUUAAAACAACCACCGAAAUGGUGAAUGACAUCAAAGCAACUUGGAAGACAACCGGGGUUUCAUUGUUAUCAGACGAUGCUGAAAAAAAUUUUGAAUUGCUUGAUGGGGUUAUUGAAGAGAUUGGGGAAGAUAUAGUCGUUCAAGUGGUCACCGACAACGCAAGUAACUACAAAAAGGCCGGAGAGAUGUUAAUGAAGAAGAGGAAGAAAUUGUAUUGGACCCCAUGUGCCGCCCAUUGCAUCGAUUUGAUGCUUGAAAAAAUUGGGGAAUUGCCACAACACAAAAAUGCUUUGCUUAAAGCAAAAAAAGUUAGCAAUUUCAUUUAUAAUCAUAAUUGGGUGUUGAGUUUGGCAAGAAAGCUUCUUGGGAAAGAUCUUCUUCGAUCGGCCGCCACAAGAUUCGCCACGGCUUUUUUGACGAUUCAAAGUCUUUAUGAUUCUAAAGAUGCUUUGCAACAAAUGUUCGUUUCUAAUGAUUGGAAGAAUUGUGCUUGGGCUACGAAAGACGAUGGAAAAAAUGUAAAGAAAAUAAUUAUGGAUGAGAGAUCUUUUUGGCCUAGUGUGGUCUAUACCCUUCAAACCACAAGCCCACUAGUUGAAGUGUUGAGGAUCGUUGAUGGUGAGCAAACACCCGCAAUAGGAUUUCUCUAUGGAGCGAUGGACGCGUGCAAAGAAAAGAUUGCAAAGAACUUGAAUAAUGUUGUCGCUUCUUACAAAGAGAUAUGGGACAUCAUCGAUGAAAAAUGGGACUUUCAAAUGCAUCGCGAUUUGCAUGCGGCUGCCUACUAUCUAAAUCCAAAAUCUCGAUGGAGUCCCGAUGUUUCACGUCAUCCAGAGAUUAAGAGAGGGUUGUUUGAUGUCAUGGAACGACUCGUGAUGGACACCGAAGUGUACAUGAAGAUUGAAGAACAACUAAUUCUUUACAAGGAAAAGAAAGGAUUAUUUGGUUAUAGGGGUUCGUUGGCAAUUUAUCAAACACGUCCACCGGUUUUAUGGUGGGGCGAAUAUGGAGAUGAUACCCCGGAACUCAAGGCCUUUGCAAUGAAGAUUUUGGGUCUUACGUGUUCAGCUUCAGCUUGUGAACAUAAUUGGAGUACGUUCAAUCAAGUCCAUACAAAGAGACGAAACCGGUUGACCACCGAGAGGAUGGACGAUUUGGUAUUCAUCAUGUACAAUAGAAAGCUGAAGCAAAAAUUUGUAAAAAGGUCCAAUUUAAAAGAAGAUGAAGAUCCUUUACUUGUUGAAAACGUCAUGUCUGAUGAUGAGUGGAUAGCCGACCCAAGAGAUGAUGAUGAUGAUGAAGAUGCAAUUAAAGAUGAUGCGGUAAAUGUGGAGGAAAGUGACGAGGUCAUUAGAACAACAAGAGGUAGCGGGGCAAGUAAAACACGUAGAAGUGGUGGGAUAAUUGAGCGAGGCGGUGGAAGUUCCUCAUCUAAGAAAACGAAAGCCCUUCAUUUGAUUGACGAGGAUGACGAUGAUGAGGAUUGGGUUGAGGAAGACUGUGAGGAUGACGAAGAUGAUGUUUGUUAUGCUAUUUGA